AUGGGUUUCGACCGCACUGGCUCAUCGCCCUUCCAGUUCAAUGCGAACAAGCUCGGCACCGUCAAGCCGUCCUUGGCCGAUCCAGAAGGCAUCGACCUCUCGGCCGAUGAACUGAAGCUCGUCUUCGGCAUCCAAGAGCAGUACUUUGCGAAGCUCCCCAAGCGCAUGGUCAUCCCCGUUCUCGAGGGACGCUGGUACAUGGAACAGUGGUAUUCCACCAGUGGCUACCUGUACGUGGUUGAGCCCGAGGAAUGGGUUCCUCAGGUCUCUCACGGCGAGACCAUGCCCGCUUCGUCGUUCAAGACGACAUACGUGCGCGAAGAGGAAAAAAUCACGCAGACCGAGUUCAACGCCGGCACUUCGGCUGAGGUCUCCAUCGAGGCCGGUGGCUCCUUCUACGGCGUCUCGGCCAGCGUCAAGUCGACCAGCGACAUUUCCUUCCGCUACUCGAGCUCCACCACAACCAAGGAAAGCCUGGAGACCAAGGGCACCAGCGGCAAAACCCCCAUCCACCAGCUCUUCGUCUACCCCAAGCUGAGAUGCAAGAUCAUCCGCAAGCAACGCAUCGACUACACCAUCAACGACAGCAGCUCCGAGCUCAAGUGGACCGGCGACAGCUACAGGGACGGAUACUGGAACGAGCGCUGGGUGGCCGACAGGCGCCUGGGCAGCGUGAGGAACCUGGGGCUCCACCCCGUUCCCAUGGAGGGCAACGGCCUUGGCCACAAGGCAUACGUGCUCCCGAUUCCGCAAAUCGCCGACGCCGGUGAUGACAUCGAUGUCACGACCAUCAUGAGCCGCCAGGGAUGGGUCGACUGGUACGUCUACGACAUCGACUGGGAAGAGGUGAACGAUGGUGAGACCAUCGAUCUUGCUGCACCCAAGAACGGCGUGGCUUUCAGACCCAUGACCACGUGGACCACUUUGCCUCCGCUCAACCCUGAUGAUGAUGAGUAG